UAAGACUAAAACCUGCAAGGGGGCAGGUAGAACAGCUGCUAGGGAAUGAUCACAGACAGCAAUACCAAUGGCCAAAGGCAGAAACUGCUCCAGAGAAACAAAGCUCCUGCAGCCAGGUUGCAGCACUGAGAACGGAAUCUCCUGGAUCCAUCUACUUUGCAGACACAAAAACAGUUGGCCAGGCCAUGGCUUGCUGGAAGGAAAUACGAAGCAGCAGCUGGAUUUAUCCUACCCUGGUCCUUUGCAUUUAUGGAUUUUUCUCCAUGAUGAGGCCAUCAGAACCUUUCCUCACCCCUUAUCUAACAGGACCAGAUAAAAACCUGACUAUCGAUGAGGUUACAAACCAGGUUUUCCCAGUUUGGACAUACUCCUAUCUGGUGCUGCUGUUUCCUGUUUUCUUGAUUACAGACUAUCUGCGCUAUAAGCCCAUCAUUAUUCUACAAGGCCUUAGCUUCAUUAUUACGUGGCUGAUGCUUUUAUUUUUCCAAGGAGUGCUAGCCAUGCAGUGGAUGGAGUUUUUUUAUGGGAUGGUAACAGCCACUGAAGUUGCCUAUUACGCCUACAUUUACAGCGUUGUCAGUGCUGACCAUUAUCAAAAAGUGACUAGUUAUUGCAGAAGCAUCACGCUUGUUUCAACCACAGUUGCAGCGGUGUUGGGGCAACUUUUAGUAUCUUUGGCAGAGCUAUCCUAUUUUUAUCUAAAUGCCAUUAGUUUGGCUUCUCUGUCCUUGGCCUUCCUAGCCUCAUUUUUUCUACCAAUGCCAAAAAAAAGUAUGUUCUUUCACAAAAAUCAUAUCCCUGAAACUCCCCAAGGAACAAUGGGACAAGACACAAUGUCAAAUGCACCCGGCAUUAACGAACAGCCAAGUUGCCAAGAGGACAAAGACCCUGAGAAAUCAUCUGUCAUUUCCAGGACAUUGCCUGAAUGCCAGUCUGACAAGCACCAGUGUCAUAUGCUUGUGCAGUUAUGCAAGGAUUUAAAGGAAUGCUAUUGCACUAAGAAGCUUCUUUACUGGUCCCUAUGGUGGGCUUUAGCCACUGCAGGCUAUAACCAGAUUGUGAAUUACAUCCAGGUGUUAUGGGACGACAGAGCACCCUCUCAGAAUUAUGACAUUUAUAAUGGGGCUGUUGAGGCAGCAGCAACAUUUCUGAGUUCAGUAACCUCCAUGGCAGUAGGAUAUGUGAAAAUUAACUGGGAUCUUUCAGGAGAGCUAGCACUGGGAAUCUUCUCUGCACUGGAUGCUGGUUCUCUAUUUCUCAUGCAUUUUACUACCAACAUCUGGGCAUGCUAUGCUAGCUAUCUAGUUUUCAAGUCAUGUUAUAUGCUACUCAUAACAAUAUCAACGUUUCAGAUCGCUGUCAAUCUAAGCAUGGAACGCUACGCUUUGAUGUUUGGAUUCAACAACUUUGUUGCACUGGUGAUUCAGACCAUUAUAACUGUAGUCGUAGUUGAUUCAAGAGGUCUAGGAUUGAAGAUAGUCACCCAGUUCCUAAUUUAUGGCAGUUACUUUGCAGUCAUAGCUGGGAUUUUCUUGAUCAGAAGCAUUUACACAAUUGUCUCAAUCCAAUGCAAAAAGGAAACACGGAACUUCUCCAAUGGAUCUCGGAACAUUAAGGAACAAGAAUCAGAAACCAGAUUAUAACCAGCUAUGCAAACAUCUGUAGCUUUAAUGACUUAUCAAAAAUGCCCCU